AUGGCUGAAAACGAAACAUCCGCUGCUGUAUCAUCAUCACAAGCAGCUGUCGAGAGAAAUCAACACGUUCCUAUCCUGUCUCUCCCAGAAGAAGUUAUUGAGUUUAUCUUCUCUUAUCUGGGUAUUGUUCCGUUAAUGAGAAGUGUUUAUCCUUCCUGUAAGAAAUUCAACGAAAUCGUUAGUGAUGGAAAGGCGUACUGGAACUCGGUCGAGUUGUUCCCAUGGAAUGAAGGUUUUGUAGAUGAUGAUAACUUUAAACUUUAUGACUUCACUGAUCCAAAGAAGAAGCCGCGUUCAAUUUCAUCAAAGGCUUGGAUUAUGUUGUUUGAAAUGAUUGUCUCCAAGUUCGGAGAUAAAUUCCGUGAUGUUAGCCUUUUCUUCUCAAUUGAUACCUUUCCUUGCACUCCUUCAGUUUUUGAAUUGAUCGGCAAUCAUAGUUCAAGUAUUAGAUCUUUAAAAGUUGAUGCCAUGACCUCUGCAAGAGACGCUAUGACUUCCACUCUUGUAAAAGUUAUUAACAAGUGCUCUCUCACUCUCCAAGAAUUAACAAUACAAGGAGGUUUUCCAAAGAACGAUUUUGUGCAAAUUUCACAAAUUAUUGCUCCAACCAUUAAAGCACUCUAUAUUGAAGAAAAAGAAGAGAACAAUACUUUGAAUUUGAACGUUAAUGGAGAAGAAGAGAUCAUGUACAAAGAAUUAGAACACUUAUAUCUGGGAAGUAUCCGAUGUGACAAGUCUCUCUUUAGAAGAUGUUUCAAUGAUAGCACCAAGUUAAAGUCUAUUGUAUUUGAUCAAUGUUAUUUGAACAUUGAAGCGCUAACGGAGUUUUUGACAUCUAGCAAUGCUGCCAGUAAUAUUCAACAUUUGGAAAUCCUUUAUUGCACCCUUGACACAAAUGUAAUCCCAAGUAUGAACAUGUGGAGUCGAAUUUUUGAGAAGUGUACUAACCUUGUCAACAUUAUUGUUUAUGCCUGUACUGUAGGAACAGAAAAAGGAAAUAAUAUUGAUUUGUGCUUUAGAGAUGAGGAUAUUGCUGCAUGUAUUGACAAGUGUAAAAAGUUGGAAACUAUUGAUAUCCGUAACUGCAACCACGUGGAUGGAAAAUUCUUUAAGGAACUCCCCAAGGCAAAACGAUUGGAAACACUCAUUGUAGAAUCCAAGAAUUGGAAUUUAUCGAAUGUUCUUCCUGAACAAACCUCUUCUCCAGUUUAUAGCCGUUCUUUGAAGCAUUUGUGCAUGUACGGGGAGAAGUGUGACAGUUCUUUAGAGAAGCCAAUCGCUGACAUGUUUCCAAAGGUUGAAUUUGUUCAUCUCGAUAAAUUUGCAUAA